UGCAACGUUGAAAACGUUGUGUGGGAGAUCGGGAAGAGUACAUAACGAUUGAUACUAGAUGACCGAUGCCACUUAUAUCUCUCUCUGCUCUGCUGCUUUGGAGGGGAAGUGGUGCGUGAAGUCCCAUCGCACACAGGAGUGUUUCUCUCUGGAUACGUUGGUUCUAGCGGUAUCUAGCAUUGGUCCCCGUGGGUGGAAUUAUUUGAAAUAGAAGAUCGCCACAAGCACAAUGGACAACAGCAGGAAAGCCCAACUCAUUCUCCAGUGGCUAAAGGAACAUGGAUACAAGCAGACAGCAGAGAGCUUGAAGGCAGAGUGCACGCUGAAUGUAGACUCAACAACUGCCAAGACAGGAGCACUGGACGAAAUUUUCGAUCUUCACGCCGAGGCUGAGGUAUCUCAUUUACGUUCAGAGGAGAAAGUUGUGGACUAUGUGCAGAAUGGCGACGGUGUACACACCAACCAGGAGUGCUUGUCACUGGACUCGUGGACGGGAGGCGUUCCUGUUCUGUGCUCUCGCCUGACACCGCAAGGAUGGCUGCUUCUGUCCUGCGCGCGCAAGCUGCAAUUCUUUGGCCAGCUCAAGCUGCCCAUCGGGUCUUCUGCAGCUGGGAUACCGUCAAAGAUGCUGCGACAUGGUGGAGGCGUUCUAGGCGUUGCCCAGCACCCGAAGAAGGCAAACUUGGUGCUUUCCAAUAGCAUGGAUAAAUCAUGCCGCCUUAUGGACAUGACGGCUCUGUUUGCCGAAGAGGGCUCGGGUGAAGUGGACGACGUAAAGGACUUGCAGGUGCUGUCCGAUCAUUCUAAGUAUGUUGUAAAGGCCGUGUUUUCUGCAUGUGGUCGAUGGCUAGCUACUGCAUCAUAUGAUCACACAGUGUGUAUCUACAGUGCUGACAGCGACGACUUUACGUUCUUCCAGCUACGAAAACAGACCUCAUUCCGCGGCUCAGCCGAGACUCUGUGCUGGCAUCCAACGAAGCCACUUCUUGUCGUGGCAGUCCGCAACGAUCACAUGCUUCACACGUUCAGCUGCAGCGAUGAUGCGAUCAGCAAGGACAGUGAGCUGAAUCUCAAUGCGCUGGGGGACAACUAUGUCAGUUUCACGGCGCUCGACAUCACAUUCGAUCCCAGCGGCAACCUGCUGUCGGUAGCGACAGACAAAGACCGUGUCAUUCUUGUCCACGCUACCAGUGGCAAGCAGCUUGCCAAUCUGUAUGGAUGCAGCAAUGAUGAGUACUCACAACCACGCCACUGCUGGCACCCAAGCGGUAUGUAUAUCUACUGCACUUCGCAAGACAAGUGCAUCAUUGUAUGGGAGGUGGCGACUCAGCGAGAAGUUGCGCGCUUAGUCGGGCACACCGGUAUGCUAAGGGAUGUGUCUUAUUCCCCAGAGCUCGACGUGCUGGUAUCUUCUGCCAUGGAUGGAGUCGUGAAGAUCUGGAAACACUCACCAAAUGGUGUUCAAGCAGUAGCAUGAUUCGACGAAUCAAAGUUGUCGUCCCCGUGACGAAUUAACUUGGCUCUCUCAUAAUUUGGGCGGCUUUGUAGAUCAAAGUGGCUUGAUGUGCCAGUCUCGGUGGCACCGUACUGCUGUGUAGAUUGCGUGCUCUAGUUUAGCAUUCCUAGCUUCAACAGGUGCUGUUGCACCGUCUUUAAAAAUUUCACGCCGAUUUAAAAAAAACUCCGGUUAUUUUAGCGCUGGUCGCCUAUAUUUUUCGUUUCACUUUGUGCCAAGGUUGCUAUAUUAAACUAUCCCGUGGGAUUUCGUGUUCAAUUCGCUGGCCAGGACAGUUGUCUACAGAUCGUUUCA